GUCAAUCGGUGCGGUUGCAUUUUUAGUCAGUCUAUUGCCUCGUCGCCUCCUACCAAUAACCAAGUGUGGGUUACAAAUUUUUCAACUUGAAUUGCAAAGUUUCAAUUCAAUUUUCUUAAAUAAUUUUCGUCGUUUGUUGUUAAAUAAAACAAAAAGCUUACAAAAUGUGUGACGAAGAAGUUGCUGCAUUGGUUGUCGACAAUGGCUCCGGCAUGUGCAAGGCUGGCUUCGCUGGCGAUGAUGCGCCCCGCGCUGUCUUCCCAUCGAUUGUGGGCCGUCCACGUCAUCAGGGCGUGAUGGUCGGUAUGGGCCAAAAGGACUCGUAUGUGGGUGAUGAGGCACAGAGCAAACGUGGUAUCCUCACCCUCAAGUAUCCCAUUGAGCACGGUAUUGUGACCAACUGGGAUGAUAUGGAGAAAAUCUGGCAUCACACCUUCUACAAUGAGCUGCGUGUUGCGCCCGAGGAGCACCCAGUGCUGUUGACCGAAGCACCCCUCAACCCCAAGGCCAAUCGCGAGAAGAUGACACAGAUCAUGUUUGAGACCUUCAACACACCCGCCAUGUAUGUGGCCAUCCAGGCUGUGCUCUCCCUGUAUGCCUCUGGUCGUACCACUGGCAUUGUGUUGGACUCUGGCGAUGGUGUCUCCCACACUGUGCCCAUCUAUGAGGGUUAUGCAUUGCCCCAUGCCAUUCUGCGUCUGGAUUUGGCCGGUCGCGAUCUGACCGAUUACCUGAUGAAGAUCCUCACGGAGCGUGGCUACUCUUUCACCACCACUGCCGAGCGUGAAAUUGUGCGUGACAUCAAGGAGAAGCUCUGCUAUGUGGCUCUUGAUUUCGAGCAGGAGAUGGCAACCGCUGCCUCCAGCUCCUCAUUGGAGAAGUCGUAUGAGCUGCCCGACGGACAGGUCAUUACCAUCGGCAAUGAGCGUUUCCGUUGCCCAGAGGCACUCUUCCAGCCCUCGUUCCUGGGUAUGGAGGCAUGCGGCAUUCAUGAGACCACCUACAAUUCGAUCAUGAAGUGCGAUGUCGAUAUCCGUAAGGAUCUCUAUGCCAACACAGUGCUGUCCGGAGGCACCACCAUGUACCCUGGCAUUGCUGAUCGCAUGCAGAAGGAGAUCACCGCCUUGGCCCCAUCCACCAUGAAGAUCAAGAUCAUUGCACCACCAGAGCGCAAAUACUCUGUAUGGAUCGGUGGCUCCAUUUUGGCAUCGCUCUCCACCUUCCAGCAGAUGUGGAUCUCCAAGCAGGAAUACGAUGAGUCUGGCCCAUCCAUUGUGCACCGCAAGUGCUUCUAAGUGCUCCAACCACCAACGGGAGCAAGUGGAGUGGCAACAACAACAACAACAGCAACAGCAAACGGGAGCUGCGCAAUGUUAUCCACACAUCAUCAUCGUCGUCGUCGUCAUGUUGUGUUCUAGCAUUAAUUUAAUUUAUUUCACAUGAGAUAUAUGAUAUAAAUGCAUAUUUUUUUUUGUUUUUUUUUAUAUACCUUUUAAUAUAACUACAAAAAUUGAGAACAACAACAAGAACAUAUUCUCUCUGCCAUUCCACUUCUAAAAAAAAUAUCUAUACCACAACAACACACACACAACACAUAUGCGUACACUCCCGGCAUGACAUGAAAAGAAAAGAAAAGCGAGUAAAAUAUUCCCCAAAAAGCAAGUAAAAGACACAAAACACAAAAAUAUGCAAAACACAAACAACAACAACAACAACACUAAGAGUUUUGUAAAAUUUUCAAACGCAACCUUAUGUAUUAUUUUUUAAUUAUGAUGUAAUUAUAAACAACAAAGUGAAACAAAAAUAUGAUGGAAAAAAAAAACUUAACCAAAUCUGUUUUCUGUUACUCUUUCGUCUGCCUCCUCUUUUAACUGAUAACGCCAACCCCUCCCCCCACGCCCUAUGCUCCAUUGUGCCCGCUUUCAGACUUUGCCUAACUCUGCUCAUUUUAUUUCUUGCUCUAACCUCUUGCUUUGCCGGCCGGCAAAUGCAGUAACACGCACACACACGCGAACACUCACAGACACAGACACGAACACGAGCGUGUGCAGUUGGAGGGGAAGUAAAUGAGAGCAGUGAGCAAAGUUACGCUCUAUCUUUUUCUCUCUCUUUCUGUGCUCGCUCUGCUGUAAACUCCUUGAAAUUUUAUACAUACAUAUGUAUUUAAGCUGAAAUUUUAUAUGUGUAUUUAGUUAUUUUUUUUUGUAUUUUUUCUAAUUGCAUGCGUAUUGAAUGACGAUAUGUUUACGCCUCAAAAUGUUAAUUAAAAUGUGAAAUGCAAAAAAAAAAAAAAAAA